UCACAUUUCCAAGAGCGGAAACACGAUUUUCUAGUUUCGGACAGUAUCCGGACUCAUCAUUCUGACUAAUAGAUCGUUCUGAUAAUCCAAGAUGAAUAUUUCCAAAUAUAACAGCAAAACAUAUGAAUCGUUUGAUCGGACCCAUCUUUAUUCCAGAUAAGGUUAUCAUAAAUUCUCAUGGAUUUCUUAUCUUAAACAUAUUGGCUUAUAAGACACCAAAAUCGUCAGUAUCUAGGACAUAAUUGUUUUAGGUCAUUAAUAACGUUUGGAAUGUUUAUCAUAAAAAAAUGUUACAUUUUCAUUAUUCUAAAACAUUGUGAGAGCAUUCGUGUUCAUGUGUGUGGCUUUGAGGAAAAAUUUGAAGUAUUUCGGGACAGUUUAAAAUCAAUUAUUGCGGACAGAAAUGCUAACAACGACAAACUGAAGUUACUAUCCAAUGAAAUUCAUGGAUUAGGAAUCAAAUCAAAAUCUAAGCUAAGAAAAUUGGAACAUGAAUUGUCGACCUAUAAUGUGGCUCUAGAAAAAUCUCUUGAUAAGAUCGAACGCUAUAGAAAUAUGCUUUCUUCCAAAAAAGGUAAUUUGAAGGAGUCUUUGAAUGAAGCCGCCUCCCAUGCUAAAGGAGAUAAAACACAAGCAAGUAAAACCAAAAUGUAUCGUAAUCUAGUUCCAAGGUUUUUAGUUCCAGACAACCCAUACAAUAUUGGAUUCACUGCUGUGAUAGGAACCCACAAAGAGCAUUUGGCGAUUCAUCAGACAAUAAUAUUUGAGAAUGUUCAGACCAAUGAGGGAUUUGGAUACAACUCCAGCUCAGGCGUGUUUAAAGCAUCAGUUUCUGGACUUUAUUAUUUUUCCGUAGUAAUCAUGAGUCAUGCAACUGAAGACAUAGAAACAGAAAUCGUCAAAAAUGGAUUUCCUAUUGCAAGCACAUAUUCAGGUGAUUCAACUACAUGGAAUGCAGGGACACAAUCAACAGUUCUUCAUCUUAAUGUGGGAGAUUCAGUUUACAUUCGAAUUUACAACAACCCGACAGUAAAUGACGGGAAUGUACGAGUGUUUGGAUAUGGAUGGUCAUCUUUUUCUGGCGUCCGUAUUUCACAUUAAAAUACAUGUCUC